GGUCCUGCGGAGGGAGGGGUUCUGCCCGUUCUGAUAGGCUCACGAACUGCAGGUGGCGACAUAUCGCAAAUUCACAGAUCCGUGAUUCUGUUGGCGACGGGCGGUGAACGGCUGCCUGUUUUUCACGGCCCGGGCUUUUUCCCGCUGUACAUCGUCACAGAGGACAAGGAUGCACAGACCCUUUUCGAGGGUGGGGCAAACAGUCUGUUGUACGGACUGGACCGGUUUCAGGAUCUUCCGUUUGUUGAUUUUGCAUCAGACAUCGUCGUGCUUGAUGUAAGCUCCUUUCCAAAGACUUUACUUGGUGGUGUGGUAACCGAAGCAGUGCGCAUUUUGGCACAACAAGGGGUACUGUUCGUUUUGGGCGCUGCUGAUUUCGACAUAUCAGACUUUAGCCCACAGGCAGCUAAACUGGUUUUGGCUGGUUUCUAUGCCCAUUCAUUUGUGCGUCGGAUGGGAGUGGUGCCAGACCUGCCAAUCUGCAAAGACUGUGGAAUGGCAGAUUUUUUUGGCAACCGUGCUAUUGAGCUUUCUCCGGAAAAUCAAUGUCAAGCAUGGGUAAAACCUGACUUCAAAUCAAUUUUCCAGCCGGAUAUUGCGAAAAGGUUUAAGCCCAAAGCGGCGGAAAGCUUCGAAAACCAGCGCCUGAUACACUGGUACCGGCCGAAUGUGCUGAAGACGAAACCAGACGACAAGAAAGGGCAGUGGAGCGACAAAUAUGCCCGAACGAACAGCAAACAAUACAAGGCUGCUUAUGUGAAUCCAGAUCCUUUCAAGAUGCCGCCACGUUUGGACGAUAAGGUGAGAUCUGGAAAGUACAAGCGAAUUCUCGAUGCAGGGGCAGGAACAUGUUCUUUGGAGGGUGAACUCCGGCGCAAGGGAUAUUUCAAGACUGUUCACAAUUUCUUGGCUUUUGGCGCUUACGAUUGUUCUAUGCUCCGCAUUUGUGCAGAGCGAGGUUCGAUUUCCUUCCAGCACAAUUGGCUGAAGCCUUUGCCUGUAUGUGCUUCCUGCAAGUUUGAUUUGAUUUAUCAGUGGGCAGGUGUACAUCACAUGCACACUGUAGAGGAGCACGAUGGCUUCAUAAGUGGCAUGUUGGCCCUCCUCGAAUGCGGUGGACUGCUCUUUGUCAAUGAUAUUGGAGAGUGGCGCCCCGCGUUUCGCAAGGUGUUGAAAAUCAAACGUGAGCAGAAGGCGAGCUGCGAUGACAUUCCUGCGAAUCUUGCCUCCGGGGCUGUCCACCCCUUCGCUUGCGGCGUCGAGCGGUCGCUGUGGAUAAUAGCCCUGCUCAUGGUCAUUGUGAUUGAGGGAUAUUGCCUCUUCAUUCUGCACUGCUACUGCGAGGACGCCAUGGUGUCAGUUCCCACCAAACCGUUCGAAGACCUCUACUCAAGAGCAGAGACCCACAUUUUGGCCAAGCACCUCAACCCCUACAAUCACCUCUAUGGUGCUCUUCCAAGCCCAGAUGCGCUUGCUGGCGAAGCGGUGAUGGCAGUUGCUGCCUUAGAAGCCUUAGCAACAAACGCUUGGCUGAGCAAAACUGGUGAUCUGGUGUACCUACCACGAUAUGUCGUUCCCUCCCAGAUCCAACAGCUGACGGCAGAGCAAUCUGCGGAAAAGCUGCGGCACAGAAGUGGUGAAUACUGGGCCAAGUACCGAUCAAGAUGCAUCACCAUGUUUGGCCUGCGUGGUUUCCUGCUUCGGCAUGACACUCUUCUGCGACAAAGUUCGCUUGAGGGACUUGCGCGGCAAAGGCCAUCCAGCCUGGCCAGUGCCAAGGAAGUUCCAAGUGCCAAUGCACUCCCAGCAGCUCAAGAUCCAAGCAGCUUGCGCUCUUGCAAAAAGCGCUCCUGCCUAGGUGGCGAUAUUUCUGCAAUCCACAGAUCCGUGAUUCUGUUGGCGACGGGCGGUGAACGGCUGCCUGUUUUUCACGGUCCGGGCUUUUUUCCGCUGUACAUCGUCACAGAGGACAAGGAUGCACAGUUUAAGCCAAAAGCGGCGGAAAGCUUCGAAAACCAACGCCUGAUACACUGGUACCGGCCAAAUGUGUUGAAGACUAAGCAAGAAGACGAACGUGGGGAGUGGACUGACAAAUAUUCCCAAUCGAACACCAACUCCUACAAUGCUGCCUAUGUUAACUCAAAUCCUUUCAAGUUGCCGUUCCCUUUGGAAUUGGCCGUGAAAUUUGGAAAGUACAAGCGAAUUCUCGAUGCAGGGGCAGGAAGAUGUUCUUUGGAGGGUGAACUCCGGCGCAAGGGAUACUUCAAGACUGUUCACAAUUUCUUGGCUUUUGGCGCUUACGAUUGUUCUAUGCUCCGGAUCUGUGCGGAGCGAGGAUGCAUCACCAUGUUUGGCCUGCGUGGUUUCCUGCUUCGGCACGACACUCUUCUGCGACAAAGUUCGCUUGAGGGACUUGCGCGGCAAAGGCCAUCCAGCCUGGCCAGUGCCAAGGAAGUUCCAAGUGCCAAUGCACUCCCAGCAGCUCAAGAUCCAAGCGGCUUGCGCUCUUGCAAAAAGCGCUCCUGCCUAGGUGUGGACAUAUCGGAAAUCCACAGAUCUGUGAUUUUGCUGGCGACGGGUGGUGAACAGCUGCCUGUUUUUCACGGCCCGGGUUUUUUUCCGCUGUACAUCGCCACAGAGGACAAGGAUGCACAGACCCUUUUCGAGGGUGGGGCAAACAGUCUGUUGUACGGACUGGACCGGUUUCAGGAUCUUCCGUUUGUUGACUUUGCAGCAGACAUUGUCGUGCUUGAUGUAAACUCAUUUUCAAAAACCUCACUUGGUGGUGUGGUAACCGACGCAGUGCGCAUUUUGGCACCACAAGGAGUACUGUUCGUUUCGGGCGCCGCUGAUUUCGACAUAUCAGACUUCAGCCCGCAGGCGGCUAAACUUGUUUUUGCUGGUUCCUAUGCCCAUUCAUUUGUGCGUCGGGUGGGAGUUGUACCAGAUUUACCAGUUUGCAAAGCAUGCGGGAUGAGUUCUUUGUAUGGCGGCCGGAACAUUCAGCUCUCUCGGGAAAACCAAUGCCCAGCGUGGAUACAACCAGACUUCAAAUCAAUAUUCCAGAAAGAAACAGCGAGUAAGUUCAACCCCAAAUCGCAUGAAAGCUUUGAAAACCAACGUCUGCAACAUUGGUGGCGGCCAAAUGUGCUAAAGACACAGCAGGGACGUGGCGAAUGGACUGAUAGAUACAGCCAAACGAAUGCCGGGCCCUACAGUGGCGCCUAUGUGAACUCAAAUCCUUUCAAGUUGCCGCAUCGUUUGGAAGAGGCUGUGAAAGCUGGAAAGUUCAAACGAAUUCUCGAUGCAGGGGCAGGAUCAUGUUCUUUGGAGGGCGAACUCCGGCGCAAAGGAUAUUUCAAGACUGUUCGCAAUUUCUUGGCUUUUGGCGCUUACGAUUGUUCUAUGCUCCGCAUUUGUGCAGAGCGAGGCUCGAUUUCCUUCCAGCAUAAUUGGCUGAUUCCGCUACCCGUGUGUGCUUCUUGUAAGUUUGACCUCAUAUAUCAGUUUGCAGGGAUACAUCACAUGACACAUAUUGACAACAAAACAACUUUCUUGAACAACAUGCUGGCCGUCCUUGAAUGCAACGGACUGCUUUUCGUCAAUGAUAUUGGAAAUUGGCGGCCUGACUUUCGCAAAGCUUUGAAAGUCAAGGUAACAGAAAAGAUUGCCACAUACAAAGAGAGCGCUGAUCGAGCGAUCGAAAUACAUCGCACUUGCUGAUAUUGUUUGAAAAAAA